AUGCAGGCUGAGCCCGUGGAAGCGUCGUUGUUGAGUUUCCAUGACGCUGAAAGGAUCGUCGGCAUCAAGCUAGCAACAUACGUGUUUCCCCACGCAGAUGAAUACAUCAGCUCAGAGCAUCGGCAGCAAUUCGCCAUCCUUGUGGAGAUUUUCCAGCAACAUCUUCACAAACAUCUUGAGAUAUCUCUUGAGCAUUCAACUCGGACAGAGUUUCAGCUGAAGAUGUGCGGCGGCCAUAGGUUAACUGCCGAACCGUCGAUUAUUAUCGCACAUCCGUGCGAUGAUCCAAACACUGGCCUUGCCAUCCUCAAGACAUUGACGCAACCACAUUUCAGGGACCAGUAUGAGCUUCACUCAACGACUCGGUUUCAAAUUUAUCUCUCUCUCAGGCCCACGUUUGAAUAUCUUGCGUCCCCUUCCGACAGUUUCAACAUCUGCAUCAGGAGCCCCUAUCUUCCCAGUGCUGUUCUUGCUUCAGGCAACACGUGCGAUAAUAUCAGCACCAUUACGUGCGGCAUCCGGUUUUCCAACACCGAUGAUACAAUCUUUGCGCUGACGCCUGCCCACGCUCUGAAAAGAAUUGGCCUCGGUAGCGUAAAGAGUAUCAAGAAGGGUACAUCUGGUUCGCCGUCUACGCCAAGUGAGUCCCAAGCAACAUGCGUCUUGGCAGAUGUGGAGUACGAUAUGAACGAACUCAAGCAGCUCGAAAAAGCCGUAACUGAAGCCAUUGUGCCUUCGAAGCUGCCGAAAGGAGAUGGCGACGGCUAUUGGCAACGUCCUGGGACACAAGUUAUAUCGCCGAUCCGAGCCUGGGGCCGACUGGGCCAGUCUAAUACUCCCAACUUGGACUGGACUUUGGUAGAAAUCAACCCAAGCCAUGGAAGAACAGCAGCGGAUGGCGCACGCCAAGUGUUUGCUUUGGCUGACGAAAAGCGUGCGGUACAAAUCAUGACACCACGGGGCUCGCUACACGGCAUGAUUCGCAGAUCACUCACCUUUAUCACCAAUUCCGGUAGCGAUAGCCCCCUGUGUGAAGUUUGGACUGUUACCGUUACAGGGCUGACUGCUGGAGAUAUACGCAUGGGAGACAGCGGGUCUCUUGUUAUCGACACCAUCACAGGUCAACCUUGCGGAUAUGUUGUCGCGACCAAUCGCUUUCAGGAGCUAUACGUGAUGCCACUACACCUAGUUCUCCAGCAAAUCGCAGAUACAGUGUCCAUUCCCAAUGUCAGGCCAGAACUGUUCUUGAACCUCGAAUAUAUUCAGCGGCCCAUACAAGCUCAGGGACCAGUCUUUAGGGUGCUCAUGACCUACUUUUCCCAACCUUGGUCGCGGAUCAGGGUGGAGGAGCAGCGACGGCCCGCUUGGUUGCGCAAACUGCGUGCAAAGUGUGCUGGAGGAUGGAGCUAUGUUCAGAUGGGAGUCCGCAGCCUUUUGUUGCCGCCAAUUCUAAAACUCUCGACACGCUAUCGCUUGAAAUUCCGUAAUCAGAACAACAGAUUCCACGACACGCCAUCCAGAAUCGACUGUGUAGAAGGGCAUGGGCAUAACGGCUCCCGGGCAUUUCAAGGGGCUGGAGGCAAUAGUAGCCAGGACAGCUUCGCACCUCUUGUCAACAACCGAUACGGGCAGUCUUGUGACAUUCCUCUCGAAAUACUUGAAAGGUCACCUCCCGCGACGACCCCUUCUUACGGCUGGCCAAUCACGAUCGAUAAUGAUCCGAUCAAUUCAUAUGGGCACCGAAUCUUCCCCGGAAAUCCCAUCAUGGACGCACGUAUCCAUGGUCAAGAUCCUUCCAUUCUCAGUCCUCUUGCAACUAGACCCCCAAGCUUCCCAGCUGCAGACACACUUGAAGGCUCCUUUCAGAUAAUUCAGUGCACCGAAAUCAUUCAAAACACUCACCGUGCAUCGACACCGUUGCCUGUCAAUGGGAUUCUCAUUGGUGGUCCACCCGCAAAAAAUGCGGCUUUGAACCGAGUAGAGCUUCCGCUUCUUCCAACCAGCCUUUCAAGGAGAAAGCAGAGAAAGGUCUUGAGACAGGCCAGCCGCCACCUCUCAAAGUGCGCACUCGAGUUCUGCAACAGGCAUCAGUUGCCCAACACCGUCAUUCAGGGCAUGGAGCCUCGGGAACGGCCGUUCUUCGCGCGAAACCUUGGGCGCAAGAGAGCUCCCGAUUGCGGAUGGGUCGAGUUUGUAUUUUUACUCAAAUUCCUCAUCGCAGAGCAGCAAAUCCCUCUCGAGGCAUUGGACAGUGAUUUGGCUGCUCACUUCAGGGCGGUUCUGCACGCCUCUUUGGGAGUAGACGAGGUGCUCAGGCAUCCGGAGCCCCCGAGGGAUGACCGAACCGUUCUCAGGAUCCUCUCUGCCAGCGUUCAAGUUGCUAAUAUGCUCAAUGAUGAGAAAGCCAUGAACAAGCUUCGACGGCUGUUGAUGAAGACGGAGCGCACGAUGAUUGAGGCCGGUAUUCAGGAGAGUGUCUGA